GAAUAAGGAAUGAGAUUUGAUACGUCCAACUCUGAUUCAAGAGAAGUUUGACAUUUGUCGUUUGAUUUAGAUGCGUUUUGAAAUCUCUCGUGGUGUCAUGGGAUUGGUGUCAUGGGAUUGGUGUCAUGGGAUUGGUGUCAUGGGAUUGGUGUCAUGGGAUUGGUGUCAUGGGAUUGGUGUCAUGGGAUUGGUGUCAUGGGAUUGAUCUGACUCGGUGUCGUAGGAUUUCUUGGUGUCAUGGGAUUGGUGUAAUAGCAUCUGGUGGCGUCAGGAACCUUUUGUGCUUUUGGGAUCCCUGCUUCACCAAUCCUGAUGCUACCAGCAGCCUAAACGGUAGCGCCUCAAGUCUCUCGUAUAAUGUCCUGGGCUUGCUUCUUGGUAAUCACCAGACAGCCCCAUAACAGCUACAGCAUGGAGCGGGGCAGUGCAGCCCCGGAGAGCCCGAGACAGAAGCAGAAGCAGA